AUGUUUAAACUCACGCAUCCGUUGAGAGCUUCGGUAUCGCCAGCUGCGCUAAGGACCACGAUAUGGGGCUCUUUUGAACGAUACUUUUCCCAAUCUUUGCUCAAGAAAAACAGCACUCCAAUUGAAACUGUUGAUUUGGCAUACGAUGAAUUUGAGGCACCUGGCCUGAACAAGUCACCCCUUGUGUUUCUUCAUGGAUUAUUCGGAUCAAAAUCAAAUAAUAGAACCGUGGCUAAGCAACUAACUGAAAGACUUGGUCGGAAUGUAUAUUGUCUCGACUUGCGAAAUUUCGGAUCCAGUCCCCAUCUGAAAAGGUUAGAUUACCCCAGUCUUGCCGCUGACGUUGAAAACUGGGUGGCACAGCGUGAUUUUGAACAAAAGCCAAUUCUUAUUGGCCACUCAAUGGGUGCUAAAACAGCAAUGGCUGUGGCAUUGAGAAAACCUGAUAUACCCAAAAUGAUUGUUAGUGUUGAUAAUGCGCCCAUAACUUUUGGCAACACCGACUCCAAAUUCAACAAAUACAUAAAUCAAUUACGUUUGAGUUUGGAAAAGUAUCAUUAUACUAACAUAAAGGAUGUCGAUGCGAAAUUGGCCGAUGUAGAGCCAAAUAAAGUAAUUCGUCAAUUUGUCUUGAUGAAUAUGAAACGAGGUAAAAAGGAUGAGCCAGUGACAUCGAAGAUCCCAUUGGGUAUUAUUGGAGAUGCAAUAAGCAAAGGGUUUAUAGCCAGUUGGCCAUACAGUCCCAAUGAAUUGAGAUGGACGGGGCCUGCCCUUUUCAUUAGAGGCACUGAGUCACAGUACAUUCCUGACGAUGUUUUCCCAGAGAUUGCCCAGUUCUUCCCCAAUUUUGAGAUUAGGGAUAUCAAGUGUGGCCACUGGGUUAUUAGUGAAAAGCCAAACGAGUUUAUGGAUGUUUUGUGUGAGUAUAUAGAACGUAUAGAGGAUGAGUAG